CAAUUACAAAUAUUAAUAUUAGUUGUAUAUUAUCUUAAUAUUUCUAUACAGGUCUUAAAAGUCUAUAUAAAAACUUUAAUUUAAAAAUGUUGAUAUUCAUUUUUUUGUAAAUUUUGUAAUAGUCUUCCUGUAGUGCAUUAAUGAGAACUAAAUCAAUUUUGUUAAUAUAUUUUGUAUACAUAUAGCGCUAUGGAGUCAUCAGAUAUUAAUACUGAAAAAGUGUUAAUCAGUCCUCCAGGAAAUUUAAAAAAUACAACAAAGUCUAGUGUUCUAAAUUACACAAAAAAAGUAGAACCAAAAAAAAAAGAUACUGUUUUGCUUGUCACAAAUAAAAAUAUUGCGAAUAGAUGUUGUAUACCUGGUUGUAUAAGUGGUACUAUACGUGAAAAACAAAACAUGAUUGAUUUUAAAGUUCCUAAAGCAUCUAUGUUCUGCCCAUCAAAGAAAGUAUUAGGUGUGUGGAACUCUGCAUUUGGUUUACGAUUGACUGAGAAUAGCGUUGUAUGUGAGAGGCAUUUUAAAAAAGAAGAUGUUAUUUAUCGAAAAGUAUUUGUUCCUAAUAGUGGUAUUACUGAAGUAGCAACAUUAGUCAGUGGUGCGAUACCACAUGUUGUGGGAAAAUCUACUAGUGUUAAAAGAUCUAAUAGAAAUUCUGUAAAUGAUCCAUUUACUAAGAAAACUAAAAUUCAAUUAAUAGAUCAGCUUAAAGAAAUUAAAUGUAUUGAUUUAACCGAAGAUGUUGACAAAGAAACUACUGAAAUUGUGAACUCUUCUGUGAUUAUCAAUCCAUUAUCAAAAUCAAGUAUUACUUGUCAACAUACACAAAUGCCAACUGAAAAAAAAUCAUUAGAACAGCUUAACAUAGAUAUUUCUUCAUUGGAUAAUAAUGUUUCAAGUCAUAAUUUAAUUGAUGCUGAAAUUUAUAGUAGUAAUAUGUCCACUUCAAUUGGUUUAUGUUGUGAUAAUUUACUUCAACAAUCAAAAUCACCACAAAAAAAUUUAAUCCAAUCCAUGUAUCAACCUUUAGAACAGCCAAAAUCAUUAAUAAAAAGUUCAACAAGAAUUGGUAUAAAUGAAACAUUACAUGCUGUAGACGAUUGCAAUAUAAAUUCAGAAUUUAGAGAUGUAAGUUAUUUACAUGGAAUUUGCAAACAAAUUGCACUACCUAAUGAUUUAUGGACAGGGCAGUAUAUUUUACCACAAAAUACAACUAUGUUCAUACAGUAUGACGAAAACAAUAAAACAAUUAAAUCUAUUCAAUUUAAAGAUAGUCUUGUUCCAUCAAUUAUUAUAAAUAAAAAAGAAUAUGAGUAUAAAAAUCCAAUAAAAAAUAAAAUUGAAUUAGAAAAUCUCUUGGAACAAGUGGAUAGUAUUGAAGUUUGUUUAGGUAACUAUGGUGUAUUCAGUAAAAGUUGCAAAGGUUAUUUUAAAGAUGAUCCUAAACAUGCAACUACAAAGUGUGACAAGUGCCAUAAGUCUAAAGAUACAUCAUAUUUUAAAAUCAAAGCUAGAAUAAAUGAAAAUGCGAGAGAAAUAAGGCAACUUGAAGAAAGAGUUUCUAUUUUGGAAGAAAGAGUUUUAAGAGCCAAACAAAAUUUAUUACAAAAAAAAUCUAAAAACAAUCUUAAAAAUCUAUUAAUAGCUCUCAGUCCUUUUGGAUUUUUAAAUGCUUUUGGUCCUAUUGAGUUGUAAUUUUAAGAUAACAAGAAAAAAUAAAACAAAUAAUAUUUCA